AUGCCUCCCCGCUCGAGAGCCAUUCUGGCUCAGAGGCCGUUCCAGGCCCUCGCCCGCAGGUGCUACUCCACAGCGAACGAGCCACCUUUGAUCCGCGUCACCAACCUGCCCGCGCCCAACACGGGCCACAUCCGGAUCCUCGAGCUGAACCGGCCCUCGGCGCGGAAUGCCAUUUCCAGAGCCCUGCUGACGUCCCUCCGCGGCGAAAUCGACGACGUCCACUCGCAGUAUGACGCGUCGACCGGGGAGGAGCUGGCUGCGAAGAGCUGGAACAAGCGUUUCGGGGGCGCGGCGGGCCAGGACGACAAGGGCCCCACGAGGGCGGUGAUUCUGGCCAGUGCGGUGGACAGCUCCUUUUGCGCGGGCGCGGACUUGAAGGAGAGAAGGGGCUUCUCGCCCGAGGAGACAGCCGCCUUCCUCGCCCUGCUCCGCUCCACCUUCACGAACAUCUCCGCCCUGCCCAUCCCGACCAUCUCAGCCAUCAGCUCCCUCGCCCUCGGGGGCGGCCUGGAGCUGGCCCUGUCCACGCACUUCCGCGUCCUGUCCUCCAACGCCGUGAUCGGGCUGCCCGAGACCAGGCUGGGCAUCAUCCCCGGCGCCGGCGGCACCCACCGCCUGCCCGCGCUGAUCGGCAUCGGCCGCGCGCGCGACCUGGUCCUCACCGGCAGGCGGGUGUCUGCGCCCGAGGCCUACUUCCUCGGCAUCGCGGACCGCCUGGUCGAGGUCGUGCCGGAGAGCGAGGAGGACGUGGAGAAGCUGAAGAGCGGCGACAAGGAGGCUGCGGAAAAGGUCCUGUCUUUGGCUCGGCGGGAUGCGUUGAGCGAGGCUGUCAGGCUGGCCACGGAGAUCUGUGAGGGUGGACCAGUCGCGGUCAGGGCGGCCUUGCAGGCCGUGCAGAGGCCGCACGAGGAGGUGGAAAAUGCUAUGUACGACCGGGUCGUCAAAACCGAGGAUAGGGAUGAGGCCCUAAAGGCUUUUGGGGAGAAGAGGAAACCCGUGUUCAAGGGGAGGUGA